ACCAGUGUAUUGGAUGAAAUGGUUUACCGCAGGCUGCCAACUUCCAGCAAGGUCAGGUGGAACUUUCACAGCCGCGCUGUCAACACGGUGUUUGAACACAGAGAGGAUCUCAUCAAAUGUUUCCAUGCCAUACGAGACUCGGGAGACUUCGAUGAAAUCACCGUGAGAGAGGCAGGAGCAUAUGCAAGGAUCCUGGAAGACCCAGACUUCAGGUUCUUCCUGCAACUUUUUCACCAGAUCAUGCCCCUUGUAGACACUCUCUAUGCCAGGCUACAGAAGAGGAGCAUCGACUCAGUGUACAUUAAGAGAUGCAUCCAAAGAUUCCAGGAGGACAUACAGAAGAUCAGAGAUUCUCUCCAUGCCAUGACAGUGGAGCACAGCAGUCUAUCCCUGCAAUCAAGAAAACGUGUGGCUCUCUCUUCAGAGGAUCACCAACGAAUUGCAGCUGAAGUCUGUGAUACCAUCCUGGGGCACACCAGAGAGAGGUUCCAGUUCACAGACCAUCUCAUCUGUGCAACCCUCCUGCAGUGCGAUCGGUUUGAAGAUUAUCAAGUGGAUUUUCCAGAGGAGGCUCUUAAAACCACAGUGAAGGCUUACCCUGUCCUUGACAGCAGCAGGCUGAAGACAGAGCUAGAACUCCUCUACAGCAACGAGGAAUUCAGAGCGUGUAGUGGUGCGGUGGACUUCCUCCAAUUCUUUAUGGAGAACAACUUGGGGGAGCUUUUUUCAGAGACGGUAACCCUUUUGAAAAUACUUGUCACCACACCAAUGACGACAGCAGAAGCAGAGAGGUGCUUCUCGACUCUUAAGCGAGUGAAAACAUUCCUGAGAAACACAAUGUCGCAAGAUCGCCUCAACGCACUGGCUACCCUGUCUAUGGAGAGGGCCAUAGUGACAGAGAUGACUGACUUUAACGUUAAAGUCAUUGACACAUUUUCAAAUUUAAAAGAGAGAAGGGCCAAGUUCCUCUACAAGUAGCACUUAAGCAUUUAAGCA